GAGUCUCCCUAAAUUGACAAAGUUGUGAAUUUCCCUCAGAUUGUUGUGUUAGGUAUCAUAAAAUCCACUAUGACUAUUUAUUGUGUAUUUAUACUGAGUAAAUCAGGAAGUUUGAUCUAUCAGUUGGAUCACAAUAUGCCCACUAUCGAGCAUGAAAAAACAUUCAGUUAUCCAUUAGAGUUGAAGCUUGAAGUUCAGAACAGAAACGUCACUGUUGUGUAUGGACAAAGAGAUGGAAUUAAAGUUGGCCACAUCCUGACAGCAGUUAAUGGUAUCAAAGUUACCAACACACAGCUUGAUGAUCAGAGAGAUGCUAUGCAAGUUCUCUCUGACCCUACCAAUUUCCCCAUCAGCCUAAAAUUUACAAGACCUCGCUUGACCACAAAUGAAAAAAUUUUCCAGGCCUCCAUGUUUUAUCCGCUGUACAUGAUGGCUUGUCAGUUAAGUCCUGAGCCACGCAGCUCUGGCAUUGAGGUUCUCACAGCAGACACCUUCAGAAUGCAGUGUCUUCAAACACUCACUGGUAUCAAGUUCAUGGUCGUGGCUGACCACCAACAAGGCCCUCUGAAUGCCCUGCUCCAUAGAAUAUACGAAAUUUAUGCUGAUUAUGCCCUCAAGAAUCCCUUCUACAGCCUCGAGAUGCCCAUACGCUGCGAGCUCUUUGAUGAACACCUCAAGUCAACUCUAGACGCUGCUGGCAAAAGCAGUGGCUUAAAUACUGCAUAGUAGCAAAUACCUUUUUAAGUUUGUUGAUGAUCUGCAUUAUGAUGUUUAGUUUCUCAAUUCUAUUUUUAUAGUUGCGCUGUCAAGGCUCAAACAUCUGAAGCCAGGAACUAAGGAAUGAAAAAACAGCAGCGUUUCCAAAUUUUGUGAGACCUUGAAAGUUUUUUACUUUUAUUGUACUAAGUGUUACCAUAACAUCAUUAGUAUCCAGUCUAAGGCAUUCGUAUCGAAUAAUUUUUCUGCGUUAAAGGCUCUUUCAUCUAAUAUUUGCUGACAGCAUUUCAUUACAACUCAAUCCGCGACAAUGAUGAUGUCAGGCUUCCAGUUAAACGACAGUUGUCUAUGAGAAUUUAUGAGUCCUGGCUAGGAGGAAUGAACAGGGUUCUUUUUUUCUUGUACACUGCAUCAUUUACCCUAACCUGAACAAAUAUAAUUACAACCUGUCUUAUUGUCACUACAGUCCUUAACUUUAGUAAUAAUUUUAUUCGUUUGCCAGAAAAGGAAUUCAUAUUCUUGUACACUUGUUAAAUAAUUUAUAUCAUAAAUAGUUUUAUCAUUUGAUGUAUCAUGCGUUAGUACGGUAUUCUCAUUGCAUAUUUAUUAUUAUGUUACCUUUUUAUUAUAUGAUUAAUUAUGAACU